UGUGACCGCUGAGAAGGAGAAACCGGAGUCUUUCGCUUCUCGUUCGGGGAUACUGUUGACGGCCUUUUGGCGAGACGGUGGCAGAUAAGUUCCUUGUUUUAGUUUCAUGCUGUGCAACUAUUAUGGCACUUCACUGCAAUACUGAAAGCAUCUUCGCUAGUGAACCUCUGGAUUUCGGCGAGCUCAAGAUGCCAUCCGGGAAGUACGACAAGCCAGUAAUAAUUGACAAUCAUGAUGGAACUGUCACAUUUAAAUAUGAUCCAAAAGAAGUAGGAACUCAUGAAUUGCAUAUCAAACAUAACCUCGAACAUGUACAAGACAGCCCAUUUAAAUUCCAUGUAGACAAUGUUGGCAAUGGCACACUCACAGCAUAUGGACCAGGUCUCGUACAUGGAGUAGCAGGAGAGCCUUGCUCUGUAACGGUAUCGAAUAGCAAAAGUAAUGCCAUUGGUAAAAUUAGUGUAUCAGUAGAUGGGCCGUCAAAAGCUGAGGUAAACUGCCAUGAUAACAAGGAUGGUACGAUGAGCGUCACAUACGUGCCUCCAUCUCCUGGGGAAUAUAAAGUAUCUAUCAAAGCGGGAGAUAAGCACAUCAGGGGAAGUCCAUUUACAACCAAAAUCACAGCCGAAGGUCGCAAGCGCAGCCAAAUCACCUUCGGUCAUUCCAGUGAGGUAUCAUUGAACGUUCAAGAGAAGGAGGUGAAAUGUCUCAAUGCCAGCAUCGUAGCACCAUCAGGAUUAGAAGAACCAUGUUUCGUUAAAAAACGUCAAGAUGGAUCUUUAGGUAUAUCAUUUACACCAAGAGAAGAAGGCGAGCAUCUAGUAAAUGUAAAGAAAUUAGGAAAUCAUCUACCUGGAAGCCCUUUUAAAAUUAAUGUACUGGUUAAAGAUAUCGGUAAUGCUUCCAAGGUUAAAAUAACUGGAAAUGGCUUGAAGGAAGGAAAAACGCACACUGAGAAUCAAUUUGUUCUUCACACUUCAGAUGCGGGUUUUGGUGGUAUUAAUUUUUCUGUGGAAGGCAGAAGUGCAGCGGAACUGAAAUGCGAAGAUAAAGGGGAUGGGGUAAUUGUAUGUUCUUACAAGCCAACUGAACCUGGAUAUUAUGUCAUUAAUUUAAAAUUCGCUGAUCAUCAUGUACCAGGCAGUCCAUUCACUGUUAAAGUUACUGGUCCUGGGUCCAAUAUCAUCAGAGAAACAAUUAAAAAGAAAAUAGAGCAAGUACCACCAGCCGAUAUAGGUCAAGAAUGCAAACUUGUUUUCCGAUUGCCAGGAACCAAUGCUUUUGACAUGGCUGCCAAGGUGACUAAUCCCACUGGAGUGACGGAUGAUGCCAUGAUCAUUGAUAUGGAAGAUUGCCAGUAUGGAGUCUUCUUUACCCCUAAAGAACCAGGAAUACAUACCAUCAGCGUACGAUGUAAAGAUAUUCACAUCCCAGGUUCUCCUUUCCAAUUUACUGUAGGAGGUAUUCAGAGUUUUGGUGCCCACAAAAUACAUGCUGGAGGCCUUGGUUUGGAAAGAGGGGGCGCCAAUGAGCCAUGUGAAUUUAAUUUAUACACGAGAGAAGCAGGUGCUGGAGUUUUACAUAUAUCAGUCGAAGGGCCAUCUCGUGCAGAAAUCAACAUACAAGAAAUAAGUGCAGGAACUUUCUGUGUGACAUAUAAGGUUUCAGAGCCUGGAGACUACAGAGUAGGUAUCAAAUUCAACGAUGAGCCCAUCCCAGACAGUCCAUUUAAAGUAUUCAUCCUACCCGAUGUAGGCGAAGCUAGGAAAAUUGAAUUGGGGCACAUCCCAGAUGCCGGACUGCAAGUAAACAAACCAAUAGCAUUCACAAUUCAAAUGAAUGGAGCCAAAGGUUUGAUCGAUGGCAAAGUAAUUUCACCCUCUGGAGGAGAAGACGACUGCUUCGUGUCACCAAUUGAUGAAGAUUCUUGGGCGUUGCGUUUUAUUCCAAAAGAAAACGGUAUUCAUCAAAUACAUCUGAGGCAUAACGGAACUCAUAUUCCACAGAGCCCCUUCAGGAUAGUCAUUGGACAUGAUGAUUCUGACCCCGCCGCUGUACAAGCUUCAGGAAAUGGUCUCAAAGAAUGCAAAUCAGGAGUUAAAACAGACUUCUUAAUAAACACCUGCAAUGCUGGUACAGGUCAGCUAGCAGUGACUAUUGAAGGACCAUCCAAGGUAUCCAUGGACUGUACUGAAGUAGCUGAUGGGUAUAAAGUACGGUAUACCCCUCUGGCACCCGGAGAUUAUUUUGUAACCAUCAAGUACAAUGGUUAUCAUAUUGUAGGAAGUCCAUUUAAAGUGCAUUGUACAGGUACCGCAGUUGCAGAGCCUGGGUCUCAUGAAGUAUCUUCUGUAAUGGUAGAAACUGUGGCAAAACAAUCGAAGCACAAAGGCGAUCAACUUCCUAAGUUCAGAUCAGACCCUUCAAAAAUCACAAGCAAAGGACCUGGUCUCAAAAAAGCUAUCACUCAUAAAAUGAAUUCAUUUCAAGUCAAUUGCCAAGAAGCAGGAAAUAAUAUCCUUUUUGUGUCAUUAUAUGGACCCAAAGGCCCUUGCGAUGAGAUCCAUGUGAAGCAUGCUGGCCGUAACAUCUACAAUAUUACCUAUAUGGUGAAAGACAGAGGAGAACAUAUUCUCAUAGUAAAAUAUGGCAACGAUCACAUCCCUGGUAGCCCUUUCAAGGUCGAUUGCACAUAAAUUCUGUUAAAAGAAAAGUAUCUUACAGAUCUUUAUAUAUUACCUUCCCAUCCAUGCAUCUUAAGACAGAGACUCUGUAUACUACUCUGCUUUUUUCUUUCUUUUAAAGUUUGAAAAAAAAAUUUUUUUUUUAAUUUUUUGCGUUACUUCGGCUUUUUUUCAAUCUAAACAGGAAAGGAAAAUAUGCUUUGUUUUUUGCUCACUUAACAUAUCAUCAAGCGAUCAUUUAUUUGCUCAUCUAAAAUACUGCUUUCUUUCUGACUUAGGAUAGUUUGGAUGGAAGGCAUCCUUCUAAAGUUAAUGUUAAGUGUUCUUAAAGUGAAACUCGAUCAUGUGUAAAUGUAUUCUUCUACAAAUAACAGCUAAGCAAAUCGGUACGGUCGAAAAUAUAAACAAUAUUUUGAGUACUUUAAGGGUUUCACAAUUAAAAUAAUAGCUAUUUUUAAGAACGUCCAAAAUCUCUUCUUUUCUCAUAAUUUUAGAUUAGUAAAAACGCGGAUGAACUGUGGGGUUAAUUUCUUAUCAAUUCUCUGAAUGCUUCUUCUGAUGCUCUCUUAUUUCAGAUAUGGUUGCACUGAGUAAUAUAUAUUUUUUAUCUACUAAUCUCGUAGCCCAAAUAAAUUGUUGAACAGAUUUCGACCAUGCCUAUUUAAAAUAAACAUAAUUUUUCCCAUUUUCGUAAUUUAAACACUUUAAUUCAAAUAAAGUAUUGUUGAAGUAAAUUUAUAAUAAUCAUUAAGGAAUAUAUUCCUUUUGAAUAAACUAAAUCAGUCUUUUUUCCCAUUUUUGUCUUGUGAUGAAAUGUUCUAGCUGUUUUUUUAAUAACUGACAAAAUGUAUGAAUUCAUGUCAAUCAUGUUAUGGGUAUCUCUUGUGUUAGGUGAUAAGGUGACUUGUUGCACGUCCUAGAAUUAAUUUAUCAUAAUUAUGGAGAAAUAAAUAUUUAUACUUUUGAAAAAUAUAACCCGGAAUAAUAUACAGAAAGUACGCUUUGAUAAGCAAGCUAUGUUUCUAUGUGAUGGCAAAAAAGCAAUGCACUUCGUUCCUUUUAUAAUAAUCGAAAAGAAAUAUUUUUUGUCGUUAAAUAUAAUAGAUCAUGAAAUUUAACAACUUUGAAAAAGUAAUAUUGCCUACCACUGUACCGAUAAAUUAAAGCAUUUCCUUAGUAAAUAUUUUAAACUUGAGCAAACUAUUGUAAUCAUUAUUAAAUUAUCAAGUAAAUGUUAUUAAUAUAAUGUUUAGAUCUGAUUUUGAUUUUAUAUUGUUUUCUGUUUGCAUAUUUUAUUGAGAAACUGUGUAAGUAUAAAAUGAUGAUAUAACUUCAUUGUUUCAUCGCCAAAAGACGCAGAUAUCUCCAAUUAUUACCGUUUGAUGAAAAAGGUUUCGCUGGAGACUAUACUGCGAAAAAAGUAAUUAUUUUAUUAUACUCUGCCUAGCCAAUGUUUAAAACCUCAUUCACCUGAGUUAUUAAAUCAGCUACUGUUUUAUGCAAACAUUAAUUUUGGAGACCUCGAUCAAAUUCUAGAGGAAUAAUUCUCGAUUGACUUCUACAUAAGUUUUUAAAAUAAUUAGCGACGAAUUUUAUCAGAAAUAAGAAGCUCACAUCAUACCAAGAGAUACCUGUGUGAAAUAAAAACUGCAAAUAAAAAGCAAUUUUUUUUUUUUUUUUUUUUUUUUUUUUUUUGUUGUUGAAAAAUAACAAAAAUAGUGAAAUUUCACGUGUUUUGAAGCGAAUAUGAUACAGGGCAAACAUUUGAGCUAUAUUUAAAUCUGGAAGAGAUAAGAUGCAUGUAGAAGACAGUAUUCUUUGUAUUUCAGAAUAAAUGUUGUCAAUUUUAC